GGAAAAUAUAUUAACUUAGUUUUUAUAAAUUAUCCUAUAUUAACUAAGGUUAAAUACUCCUUUAAUAUAAAGUUAAAUUAUUAUAUAAUAAUUAUAAACCUACUUAAGCCUUUUAAAAUAACCUUAAGGAUAAGGAAAAAAUAUAUUCCGCUAAAAUACUAA